CACACACACACACACACAGAGCCCUCAGAGAAGGUGAGUACAUGAGUCACCUUUGUGGAAAAAGCCAGAAGAUUACAGUGGUCUCUGUCUUGGACAACCCCAAGCAGGUGUGAGGUCCCUGGCCUGAAGAGCUGCCUCCCUUUUCUUGCCCAGCCAAGAUGCCCGGUGCCCAUGAGGAAUAGGCCAGCCUGACCGUGCACGGCCCUCCUGCGAUCCCUCCCACUGCCAUGGAGUUGGGCCGCCACUCUGUCACCACAGAGGCCCACAUUUCAGCCGCAGAGAGGAUGGAGGCCCAGCAGGCCUGCUGCUGCCGUUGCCACGGACGUGGGCAGCAAGACACCUACACAUGUCCGGGGCACUCUUGCUCUGUGCAACUUGGCUGACAGGCAGUCCUGGCUCACCGGAAAACACACCGUACGCACGCAGAAGCCGCCAUGGGCCUGGCUCAGCGGGGGUCUCAAGGGUGAGUGGGUCACUUGUCCCCACGAAGAUCUGGGACUGAGAGGAGAGUGCUCUGGGAGGAUGGUCACGGAUGUGAGGGGCCCCUCCAGGAGGCUGUGACCCCAACCAGGAAGGGAGAGUUUCUGUGACAGAAGCCGCACCCAGAUGAGGUGAGACCUGGGGCUGGCAGGAGUGGAAAUCCAGGGGGACCCCAAGUACAGUCCUGUGGAGAGGCAGGGGGACAGGUGCUGGGACCAUUCUUGGCGCCUUGUCUGCUGCAAGGCUGUGGUUGCAGGCGCAGGACCUGCGCAGCUCUUGGGGGCAGGGGAGAGGCGGUAGUAAGUCUGGCCCCGAGAGGCUGGAGGCAGGCCCAGUGGAGGAGGGCAAAGGAACAGCACCAGGGAGCUGGUUAGGUGGGAGGAAGUGGGGGCAGGACGGGCAGAGCAAACCAGGGAGCUCUGCCAAUAGACCCUUCUAGAAAAGAUUCUAGGGUACGUGGAAGAGGAAGCAGGCCUAGGAGCCAGGGAAGCAGCAGGGAGCUCUGGCAAGGUGGGGCCCAGGAGGGUCCUGGGAGGAGGUGUGGAGACAGGCCCAGCCUGUUUGUAAGGCUAGCCCAGACGAGAAGCCCACUGGGGUCCUCACUGAUCCUGACCCUCUCUGCUAAGGGCACACAGCAGGUGACAGGGCCCGGGAAGCUAGAUUAUCCAUCCUGCUGUCCUGGAAGAAUGUGGCAGAUUUCCAAAUGAGAAUGGGUGGAGUGGGGAGUGCUGGGCACUGAAGUGCACUGAACCCCGAGUGGCCUUGCAGAGAGGACCUUCCUGGAACUCCCCCCACCCCCCCAACUCCGGCUGUACUCCAAGUUCCUCUUUCUCAGGAGCUGGAAAGGUGGUCUGAGGCCUGGGCUGGAGGGCAGGAGCCAGACCAUUGUUCCCAGGUCUGCCUCCUCCCUGAAGGGAAGUCUCUGUUCCCAGGUUCCUGGACUUGCAAAACCAGAGUGUGCAAAAGGGAAGUGGAGUCACCACAAGGGAACAGGAACCAAAGAAAGGCAGGCUGAGCCAGCCCCCACUGGAGGCCCUGUGUAGCCAGGAGGGCAGGCCUGGGGGAUCAGGGGCAUCCGCCUGGCUCCAGGUGCAGAAUGGUAGACAGCAGUCCUGGCCCGGACAGGACCCCCCGCCCCCACCACCAGCCACCCUGGUGCUCAUCCUUUGGAAGGUCAGCUGUGACGUGAGCCAGGAGCUGCGAGACCUGCACAGGCUUCACCAAAGGCCUGUGACUAGGGUUUAGGCAGGACCACCGCUAGCUCACGCACCAGACCCACAGACACAGGGCAGUUCUGGGAGUACAGUCGCUAUCCCUCCUGAGUACCUCCACCUGCUUCCCGCCCACCUGCGCCACAUGCCUGCAGCCCCUGUGCAGUGGGACCACCCGUGAUCACAGGGACCCACAUUCGGUUUGCACAGGGCAUGGGUGAGCCCAUCCUGGGGCGGGCAUGUGGCUGUCCAGUGGCCUCAGCGAUGGUGGUGUCACCUCAGCACCUGGCCCCCCGCCUCCCUGCCAGCUGUUCCCUUCCCUGCCCUGCCUCUCAGCGCCAUCCUCCCAGACGGGAAUGAACACUCCUGUUUUGGCAAAUACCACAUGCCCGUGUUUAGAAAACAAAGUGGUUUCCCUAGAAGAAUGCUGGGACAAAAGAGCAAAGCUUGUCAUCAUCAGGCUGACAGAAAGCCAACAGCUGGCAUCCUCCGCCUGCAUACACACGAGAACCAUGCACGGACGCGAACUCUGGCUUCUGAAAUCAAGUCAGUACGUUCUGUGUUUCCUGGCUAUCAGCAAACAGAAAUUCAGGCCUAUUUCAACUGAAGACCAAGCACUGAUGGCCACCGCCUGCUCUCCACACGACCUGUGAGCCAGGCCACACAGGCACGAGAACUGGGAAGGAAAUUCUAAACAGACUGUGCUCCACGUGACCGUUUCCCAAGAAUGGAGCCACUCUUGGCCCAGGAUGGCCGCUCGCCAGCGGCCCUUCCCUGUGGCCCCACGGGGCAGCCGUGGGCAGGCAGGACAGCGGCUCCCUGAGCCCUUGGCUGGGAGGGGACACGGUUAGUGGCCACCGGCCAGCAGCUCCGCUGUAGCCGUGCUCAGGCCAGCUGUGGGUGCCACAGCGACACAGGGGAGACACCCGCCCUUCUUCCUGCCAGUCCCGAACCUGUCCUCAGCCAUUGCUGCCCCUUCACAGAGCCCUGGGGCCCGUGCUGCAGAGCCGUAGGCCACAGCCCCUUUCCAUGGAGAUUUGGUGUGGCCUCUGGUUCUGUGCUAAGUUGCCUCUCAGUUUCCUUGCUCAAGGGAAGAGAAACUUGUCACUGCACACGCCCUAUAUCCCAAGUGUCAGGAACGGCCAUGUGAGCUCUGGGCAAGACUUGCCGCACCUGCCCCAUCACUCGGCACGGGCUGGGGUGCAGGGGGAAGGAACCUGGCACUCCUGGAACUGGUGCGACGGGGCAGGAGCCCGACCCGACGGUGCUGGCCCUUCCAGGCACAGCCCUCGUUCUGCGGAGCUGGCUGUAAACAGAGAUAGGGAGGGGCCGCUGGGCCUGCCAAGGGAGGCCGACACUGAGCGAUUUACUGGAGGAAAACAAGUGGCUUCCACGCUGGGCACGGAGUGCGCACACGCACCGCGCAGGAAGCCAGCGCCGCGAGGCUGCCACUGAUAAGCACCCAGGGCGGGCGGGGGUGGUGGUGGUGUGUGUGUGCUGAGAAACACAGGAUUCUCCCUGUCGUCCAUGCUGCCGUGUUGCUCACGGGGUCUGCGGUCCAGGCGCACAGACAAGGGCACUUAGGAUAGAGCCCAGCCCGCUGCCACCGCCAUGUGGAGUUGCGGCCCACUCAAUGGCACGGGUGGCACUGAGGACCACAGCCUCUGCCAGCACUUCCACCUGGUCCUGUCCCUCUUCUCUCUGCUCUACCUGGUCGUCGGUGUCCCCAUCGGCCUGGGCUACAAUGCCCUGCUCGUCCUGGUCAACCUGUAUGACCAGAGCAGCAUGACCAUGCCCGAUGUCUACUUCGUGAACAUGGCCGUGGCAGGCCUGGUGCUGAGCGCCCUGGCGCCCGUGCACCUGCUGGGCCCCACAGCCUCCGGCUGGGCCCUGUGGGGCUUCAGCAGUGAGGCCCACAUCACACUGCUGGUGCUGUUCAACGUCUCCUCCCUGGUGACCAUGUACUCCACAGCCCUGCUCAGCCUCGACUACUAUAUCGAGCGGGCCCUGCCCCGCACCUACAUGUCCAGCGUCUACAACACCAGGCACGUGUGUGGCUUUGUCUGGGGCGGGGCCCUGCUCACCAGCUUCUCCUCCCUGCUCUUCUACAUCUGCAGCCACGUGGCGGCUAGGAUCGUCGAGUGCUCCAAGAUGCAGGACACGGAGGCUGCUGAUGCAAUCAUGGUGUUCAUUGGGUUUCUGGUCCCCACCCUGGCUGUCCUCUAUGCGCUGGCGCUCAUUGCAAGGCUCCGCAAGGAAGACACGCCCCUUGACCAGGACACAGGGAGGCUGGAGCCCUCGGUGCACAGGCUUCUGGUGGCCACCGUGUGCACGCAGUUUGGGCUCUGGACACCUCACUACCUUACCCUCCUGGGGCACACGUUGCUAGCCUUGCGGGGGAAGCCCGUGGAUGGGCACCACUUGGGGAUUCUGCUCUUUGCUAAGGACCUGUCGAGAUUCCUGGCCUUCUCCAGCAGCUCCGUGAUGCCACUCCUCUACCGUUACAUCAACAGGAACUUUCCUGGCAAACUCCGGCGGCUCAUCAAGAAAAUGCACUGUGGGCAUCAGAGUUGCUCCCCAGACCAGGUGGGGGUCCAGCAGGUGAUGGCAUAGACAGCCAGUCCCGGGGCCACCACCAGCACUCACUGCGGAGUCAUCUGGCCGCUGGCUGAGGGUGCAUGCGCCUUGAGGCACGACCCACACCCCCCUCCGGGGAGACAGGUGACUGACACUUGAGCUGGGUGCUCAGCACCGUGUCGCUGUCUUCCCCAGGUCAGUGCGGCAAUAACAAAGGACAGCACUGGAUGUGUCCUCGCCAAGUCUGCUGUUGUUCCACAAAGGCCUCUCUUACACCAAGGCCACGUUGUUCAAAGCAGCAGGGGCCUGGGGUGAAGGGAAGCUGCAUCAGCCCACCUGCUUCUGCCCAAGGCCCAUGCACUGCUCCAUCCCCGAGGCCACGUCCUCAGCUUCCUCCACACCGGGUCCCAGAACGACAUGAUGACAGUCAAACGCCAGUAUUUAUACUCUGUCUUGCUACAACCCUGGAUUCCCUCUUUUACUUUACUUUUGUUCAUAGAAAGAAAGAUUUGACAGAAAAGUCGCAACAGUAUGAAAAUGAAGGAAGCAACACAAAAGAGCACCCUCUUCCGACGGGUGGGGGUGGGUGUGACGGCUGCAGGGUUGCCUGGGGGCGGCGGGGAGCAGAGGCGCACGGUGUCACACACAGAGGUGGUGUCAAGAUGUUUCCGAUGGACGAAGCCAGCGUGGUAGCUGGUCUAAAUCGAGAGUAAAGUAGCUCGCGGUUCUCUCCUUGCCCGCUGAAUGCACCCACUACCCCUGCUGCCCUCAUGGGUGAUCUCAGCUGACCUUUAGAGCUCGACUCCCCACUGUGGGCACCAGACGGAACAAUAAAAAUACACAGAAGAGAGGAAAAGGCAGUUAAUGCUGAAGCUGGAAGGAACUGCCCAGGGGAGAGACAGGCCUGGACAACUGAGCCUCGUGGGGCGCAGGGGCAGAGUAUGGGGCCACUAUCACCACCUUGCCCGUCAGGUCCUCCGUGGCCUCUGCCACGGGGAGCCCAAAACCUGCCUGGAUUCUUCUACACCGUGGCCCGUAACCAUCAACUUUACAACUAUGCAAACAGAAGGCCCUGCCCCUCACACCAUCACAAUAUACCCCAGAUCUGCAGCCCCUUACUCCCAACUCUGAAACCCACCAAACUCUAAAAACGGGAAGAUCUGUUUUUCAGGUUUGCAGGAAGUUCAUUUGGUAGCAAACCCUGACCUCCAGUGGUAGGAGGGCACUUUUCUGCAGAAAGAGGAGUGUGAUUACGGGGGCCCUGCCCCAGCAUGCAAUACACGCGGCGUGUUAACUGUGUGUGUGCGUGUGCAGAAAACUGGUCCACAGAAGUGGUUUGCUAAAAGGAAAAUCAUAAACAUGCACAUUCCUUAAAAUGUGGUUUAUGUUUCAACCGAAAUUUUCCUGCCAUUUACGGCUACAGAGGAACAGGGCUGGGAAUUGGUAAUAUGGUAACUCCACCCUGCUUUUAGGGCUGUGCAUCCAGAAAAAAAACACCUGCUUUGUUUUUGGUCGUUGCUCGGUAAUGCACCCUAUUUAUUUAUUUAUUUUUUAUUUUUAUCUCUUCACUCCCCUUCACCCAUUCUCCCACCACCCACACCCCUGCCAACCACCAGUCUGUUGCUUCUCUGACCUUGGUUAUUUUUUUUUUAAAGAUCCCCCAUAUAAGUGAGA